GUAUCGGAGUGGCCUUUCCAGGCUUGUGCAAAUUUUCAAGGCGCCCGGAACGCGAUCGGCGGCAUCACUUGUUACGGAGCAUGCAAAGUGCUCUACCAAAGGUGUGAAGUGCGGGGAAAGAGAGCGACGAGCAACAUUUGAAUCAUGCCGAAACCUGCGUCGUUUGCUGCGCACCAGGCCGCCCGGGACGGCGAUAUUAGCGGUCUUGAGCGACUGCUGGACGGUAGCGGAGUGGCGAUCUUCCAGAGCGUGGACGACACUUCAGGGGACACUGCUCUGCACAUUGCGGCCGAGGAAGGCCAGCUUGAGUGCGUUACUUGGCUGUUGCGACAUGGCGACAUUUACUACCAGACCAAGAACACCACUGGCGAAACGCCAGCGCACAAGGCGGCGCUCAAUGGGCACUUGGAUUGUCUGGAGACGCUCAUUGAGUUCGACAAGGAGAAAGCGAGUACGGCAGCAAACAAGGCGAACAACAAGGGCCUGACUUGCCUGCAUAUUGCCAUCAUCCACAACCACAUGGCGGUUAUCAAAUGGCUCCUGGAUCGCUACCAUCCGACGGCAUAUGACAUGAACGAGUUUGGCGCAAUUCACUUUGCCGCCGCACAAGGUAAUGUUGAUAUUCUGAAGCUGCUGACAGAACAUCAAGGAGUUGCCGCAGUCAACAAUAGAGACUUUAAUGGCGCCACACCAGUCUACUUUGCAGCACAGGAAGGUCGGCUAGUUGCUCUUCAGUACCUGGUGACUGAAUGCCCAGGUGAUCCGAGGAUCCGCGCCAACGAUGGCAUGACAGCUGUGCAUGCCGCCACUCAAUUCGGUCACUUGGAGACUGUACAGUGGCUGAUUGGGAAGAUAGGAACCCAUGGCAUUGCAGAACGGACCAACGAUGGUGCUACACCAGUUCACGUUGCUGCAGCCAAAGGCCACAUGCAGCUGCUGCUCUGGUUCUUCGACACACACCCAGAGCCUGGUGCUCUAGCACGACUAUGUGACAAUGCCGAUACAACACCAGCACAUGAUGCAGCAGAGUUCGGACAAGUGGAAGCACUGAAGCUACUAUUACGCCAUGGUGCAGACCUGUUUGCUACAGACCAGGAUGGUGCAAGCCCGUAUUCGCUGGCAACCGAUCAUCAAGGCGAGGAAAUUGACGAAUUUGUGACGCAUUACGCCAGAUCCCAAGGAAUGGAAGCACUGUGCAAGCGCCAGAGUUCACCCAACACAAGUGCACUCGAGGUCCGCGAUAGCAAAAAUACCUCGACGUCAAAACUGAUGUGCGAGGAGGAGGAGGAAGCUAGCACGGCUACAGCUCGCAUGGACGCCAAUGAAGGAGGGGUGGUUUCAGACGGCAGCACUCGACUAACCGUUCAACCUGGUGCUUUGCCCAUGGACUUGAGUGUCAGUGUUGUUCAGCAUUUCUCUAGAGCCGAACACAGCAGUGAAGGAUCUCCGAGUGAAAGUGGUGAUCCAAGCAGGCUCCAAAUGCUCUCAGUAGUGUCGUGCACGCCAUCAGGCCUUCGACCUAAGAAGAGUGUUCAGCUGAAAGUGAACGUUGCCGGAGAGCAGGGAGUUGCUGGCGGCGUGCCCGGUAAACACGAGCUUCGAGUAAUUCGUACGCCAGGACAGUUAUCACGUAGUUCAACAGCCUCUCCGCCACAAGUCAACGACAUCACGGAUAAUUGUAAUAUUGAUGCUGAUGCUGAAACUGGCAUUGCGACAAUGAACAUAACUGACUUUGAUGACAUCAGUAUCCUGAGGAUGAACCCAACGACCAGUAGUUUGAGUGUUGCCAAUGGAAACGGUGACGGUAGUGGUGGUGGUGGUGGCAAUAUGGGCUGCCUUACCGAUGCCGAUUGCUGCCAGGUGUUAGGCUUCAUCUCUUCGUCAACCUCCAGCACGGUCAUGGUGAAGGUGUUUUUCCGCUGGUUCCAUCCUACGAUGGGCGAGCUCCGCAUUGGAUUUGGUGCCACCGAGGAUCAAUUUGGUGCCUUUAAUGCUGCGCAUGACGUGAAGUCCUUCCAAAUGAAGCCCCUCAAGCUGACCUCCAGUGACACCUUCCAGGUGAAAGUGCUUGUACGCGAUGAUGACUGGAUGAUUCCAGAGGACCAGCUUAAGACCUGUGAGGACCAGAUUUGCAGCCUUAAAGCUGAGGAGAUCUCUCUGGAAGUCGUCCGACGGGUCGAUUUGAGCGACAGCACCACCUCCGACAAACCCGUGGUUAUCCGCCUUGAACUCGUUGUGGACUCGAGAACAGGGAAGAAAACCCAUGCCAGGUCCUUCGAUCUUCCUCCCCCUCCACUGCCUCAGCGCAAAGGCCAGCGACUCUCACAGGCUGCAAGUGGACCGUGGGCAGACGAGCGGUUCCCGGCCGAGUUCUACUGCGGCUGGAUCAAGCUGAUCGACGAGAGAAUCCUGAGAGACCUUUCUGUUGAAUGUAAACUGUUGAAAGGCGGCAUAAUCAAUGACCUAGUGGCGGCAACGGGCAAGCCACGUGAACACGCUCAGCUCUAUCUGGACCAUAUUACACCACUUGGCGAGGACACGUUUGACAAGUUUCUGGCCGUUGUUGAAAAGGUCUACAAACAUAAAGUCCGCGACUUUGAAGAACUGAGGGAGCCCGGUUCACUGGCUGACUUGAAGGAGAAACGUAAAAAUCCAUGGUGCGAUGAGCGGUUCUUCUCACACGAUCUGAGUCAGUGGAUAGUACAGUUGAAUCCCCAGCGACUGCAGAAUGAAGCCAGGAGGAAAAGGAUGUGGUGCAGGAAGUUUGAGACAGGGCUUUAUGAGCUGAGACACUCACAGCAGCUUCACAACGAGAAGUUCAUCCGCUACAUGACGCCCGGUGAGCAUGUUACAUUUGAGAAGUUCCUCGAGAUCGUCGAGGUCUUCAACAAGGACAAGGUUGAGAAGUUCAGGGAGCUGCUCUCUGAAGCGAAAACGCAGCGGACAAGAGGAGAGGUGAGAAAAACGGUAGUCGAUCCCGCUUCUCCUCUGGUUGAGUCGCCAUGCAUCCCUCCCAGCCAACCCACCGCAGGUGACCAUACCCAGGAGCCACCGACCGGUGAAGCCGAGAGCGGGAAAUCUGGGCCAGCGUUGUCUCCUCGGCCGACUAAAUCUGAGCAUGAUGAUGUCGAUUCCUUAUUGGUUGAUGAUGACUCUGAUGAUGAUUCGUCGAUGUCUAGUUGCUGUCGCUGCUGCUAAUCACCCUAAUCACUGGAACAUCCGUGCCAUCCACCAAACUAUUGCGCUGAUUAUUCAUGCGCCACUUCCCCACCAAGGUGUCAAGUGGUAUCACUUUCUCUAUGGGCUAUACAGUGCAGUACAAUGUACAUACUGAGUCCUAGAGUCAGCCUCCAGCCUCCAGGUGAUUGCGUAGAGCAAGGCGUGAUCUGUGAAGAGAGAACUCAUAAUUCUAAUCAUUUCAAAGUAUUUCAAAACGAAGUCAGGAUCGCAAGCAUCAACAAAAUUUCACACAUCCAGUCCAAGCGCAGAGACAGCAUAUUUUCUUUCUACUUGUGUACACAAAGUUCAGGAUCCAACUUAUGAAUUUACAGAGCUUCUAAGACAGCCAAAUGCAACAUACAUCAUCACCACAUAACAAUACUGAGAAAACAUUAUUACUGUGCAACUCACAACAAUUCGUACAAUCAUGUUGGCAGAUGUAGCUUAAUUAAUGCACGACGUGCGAUUCUUUGCUCCGAUGGUUGUUGUCUCCUCCAAUGUCCCGUCAUCUCGCCUCUUCGCGGCAACAUCAAUACCCAUCUCUGCCCCUUUUUCGUGGCCUUCCACGUUUUCUGACACUAGCCAUUGUGGGUGUCCAGUGUCCUUGCAGCUACGUGAACCGAGAGAAAAUGUGUUGUCUCUGCAAUUGUUUAGGUGUAAACAAUGUUCCAUAAUUUGCACACUAUGUUGUAUAUGAUGUUGUCAUUAUCAUUUUCCUUUAAAGUUUGUGUCGUUCUGAACUUGAUAAUUUUCCACCUUGUCAUGAGUGUUGUUAUCUCAUUAUCUUUAUCCUAUAUACCCUAUGGUCUAUAGGGCUGGAAAGUGAUGACGUCAAAAACGGCCUGGGA